UGUCCUGCCUGCUGUGAGGCCCCGUGCCGUGGCACAGGGACGUGGUGCUGUCCUCCUGGGCAGUGCUGGCUCCCAGAGGCAGAGGGAUUUGGGGAAGCCUGGCUUGGAAGGAGUGACAGAAGAGUGACCUGGAGGCCAAUGGCAACAGUUCAGGUGCUGGUACCUGUGAGCCCUGAGGUACCAGGCACAUGAAGGAACGGUCCCAUGGCUUAAACUUGUGGCAAGGGCUCGAUGUUGGACUAACACAAGGAGCGUCGCUGGAGCUGGAGCUGCAGAGCCUUGUGUCAGUAGCACUGCUGCCUCGCACCCUGUGCAGUAACAUGGCUUUGGUUUCAUUUCUAAUGUUUUGUUGUAAUGUAUUUGAAGUCUUAUUUAAAUAAAACUGGUUUUCAAAAGCCUGUGCGUGGUGGGUUCCAUUGCUCCCAGCAGCCAAAGCACCUUCCCCUCUUGCCAUCUGUGCUGUGGCCUCAGUGCUUAGGGGCCCGGUGCAAUUCCCUGCUCUGGGGGCUCCUUGGGGCCCUGGGGGUUGUUCCCCUCUCUGGCCCAGUGCAGAAAGAGGAAGCUGAAAUCUCUCUGCUCAGUGUUUGCUGCUCCUGCCUGGAGCUGAGGGAAAGCCGAGGAGUGGGUGGGUGCUGAGUCAGUCCCUGCCCUGGCUCUGUAACCCUCGAACAGGCCCCUGUGCUGGUUGUGUUCCUGUAAGUCCCGGGGGCAGGGUCAGCACUUCUGCUUCCCGAACACUGCUCUGGGGAGGAGGGGGAGGCGCUGCCACCCGGGUCAGGCUCUGCCACAGGUCAGGGGCUGAGUGCCCUCUUUACUUUCUGAGCUCAAGCUCAACAAGCAAGAAGGAAAUCUCAGUAAAAUGCACUGGUUGAGGGCAGCAAUGGUUCUGGGGGCUGGUGGGUGCCUCCUGCGCAAGAGCAAUGUGAAAUGCACUGAAAUGCCUAAGAGUGCACAGGAAAUCCCUGGGUUUCCCUCCCACUUCCCCCAGCCCAUCUGUCCUGCAGCGGGGAGGGCUCGAGUGUCCUGGGAGGCUGCUCCCACCCUGGUCACCUGCUCCUGGCAGCCCUCAGAGCAGGUCACGGCUCUUCAUCUCCUGCCACAGUGACACCCAUCUCCCACGUGCUGCUCGAGAGCACCGAGUUCACUUUCCCGGGAGACUUUGCUCUUGGAAACCAAAUUGCUGCAAUUACGCAAAGCAGCUUCGAGUGCACGGAGGAGGCAGGUGACCUCCAGCCCUGCCCAUGCCUGUGAGUGACCUCCAGCCCUGUCUGUGCCUGGAAGUGACCUCCAGCCCUGCCUCCACCUGGAAGUGACCUCCAGCCUGCCCAUACCUCUGAGUGACCUCCAGCCCUGUCUGUGCCUGGAAGUGACCUCCAGCCUGCCCAUACCUCUGAGUGACCUCCAGCCCUGUCUGUGCCUGGAAGUGAUCUCCAGCCUGCCCAUAUCUUGGGGAGCAGGUGCUGGCAGCACCAAGGCUGGCACUCACACCAGGGUGUGUUUGUGCCCACAACCUGAUGCAGCCCAAUCUGCUCUGCUCUGCUGCUGCUGUGCCAAGAAUUCUCGUGCCCUCCGUGUUGGAGCACAUCCAGCCCGGAUUUCUCCCUGCUGGCUUUGCCAAGCUGCCCACAGAUUUGGCGGCUGCCAGGACAGCUAGCCCCAGCCAGGCAGGAGUGAGGGGUGCUUGGUCCAUCCUCCAGCUUGACCUUUGUCCACCCAUAGAAGGACCCAGCCCGAGUGCCCACGGGCCCGGUGGCAAACCUGCGUCAAGCCAAUGCCAAACCCGUGGCCCUGGAGGGAGCGGCCGCUGUGUCCCCAUCACUGAUGACUCAUUUGGUCCAGAUUGAGCCAUUAAAACCCAGAAAUUGGAAAACAAUUUGUUUGUUCCUUGUGCAGUGCACUCGGUGGAGCGAGCAAUCGAUGGCCGCAGGGUGCCGGGCACCGCUGCCUUCCAGCCAUCCAAAGCCCAUUUGUUUCGGGGCUGUUUGAGGAGCACCGACACGGCUCGUUGGGAACACUGUGGGGACACGGGACAGUGACGUGCCCCAGCCCAGGAUGUUGUUCACGGCGUUUAUUGCAGGAGGGAGACAAAUGGUCUCUACAAAUACACUGAUGGGGGGUCAAUACAGGCAGCAGGAACCGUCAAUAUCGAACGAGGGAGUGGGUGGUGACAGACGAGGAUCUUCGGGGGGCUCUGACAGCGAGCAGGGCCCACUCCUUCCACAACACCCCAAAACUUCUCAGGGUGCAGGGAGAGAUCCAGAGCUGCAGAAUGGGCUGCUCCAGGGCCUGUGUCCUGGUGAGGGGCCUCACACACACACAGACACAGCCCACCAGGUCUGUGCAGCCCCCAAACCCCCGGGGGCACAGAGCCCUUGUGGCACAACACACGUUACAAAUGUGUACAAACACCUGGGUGUGGGUGUGUGGGUACAUCCGUGUGUGUGUGUGUGUGUACAGACACACAGAUACAUCUGUGCUCAUGUAAUACAGGUAUGUAUACACACAUACUUGUUUAUGCACAUAUAUACCUGUGUGUUUAUAUAGAUAUAUACAUAUAUAUCUAUAUUUAUUGCGUAGAUACGUAUGUAUGUAUAUGCAUUAUGUAUAAAUGCGUACAGAUUUAGAUAUAUGUGUACAAAUAUCCCUAUAUAUACAUAAUCCCAGAAUCAUUUAGGUUAGAAAAGACCUCCAAAAAUGCAUAUAUGUAUGGAUACAUAUAUAUAGAAAGAGAUAUGUCAUGGUAUUCCUUAUGCAUCCAUCCCACUGCACACACCCUUCAUCACUCCAUGACAUACAAUUACCCCAUGCAGUUGUCAUCUGUAUAAACACACAUGUGCACACGUGUGUCCAUGCCUGUAGCUGUAUAUCUGUGCCCACGUGUACCUGUUUACAUAGAUGCAUAAGCCAUGUUAUCUAUUAGAAAUGCAUACAUUAUAUAUUAUCUGUAUUUUGUGCUGUAUAGAAUGUUAUAUAUUAUACUGUAUUAUUUAUACAUUUAUAUAUUCAUAUAUAUACACACCAUUGCAGUGUAUUAUACUGCAUAGUUGCUGUCUAUUAAAUAAAUAUAAUAAUAAUAAUAGUGUCAUAUAAUUACAGUAUCAUAUAAUAGCAGUGCCCACCUAAAUAAGUACCUGCACUAGUGUAUGUGUGUAGGUAUCACUGGGACUCUGUAAGUGUUCCUAACUGUGCAUGUGGAUGUGGGGGUGCCAGGGGCGGGUGCCUGUGAGUGUUCAGCUGCUCGCAGAGCUGGCCUGGUCUGUACAAAUGUGCAGCCAAGGCACCGUGCCCUGGUAGCUGCACCUGGGUUUGUGUUCACGUAUGUUCAUAGACAGCCAGACCUGUGUGCAUGCAUAGCUAGGAAUGUAUAUGGACACGUGUGUCCCUACAUAUGUGUGCAUAUGGAUACGACUCUGUCAAGCUGUGUGUCUGUGUGGUGUGUGUGUCUGUGUGUCUGGGAGCACACACAGCUGCCCGAGGGCCCCCCCAGGGGUGGGUGGAUGUGUGUGGAGCCGCCCUGGGGUGUGGCAGCCCUGGCAGCGCCUUUAAAAGCGGGACUGAGCUGGGGUGAUGUUGGAGAGAAACACCGGCUGAGACACCCACCAGGACACCCACCGGGACACCCUGCUGAGCCCCAGAACCCACACGUGAGUCUCACAGGGCUCUGGCACUGUCCAGAGGUGACUUGGGGACCAGCUGGGAGACAGAGAUGGAGAAAACUUGAGGAGCAGAUGGGAGGGACAGAGCAACUUGGAGACCCACUGGGAGGGACAGAGGGGAUCUGGGGCCUCGUCAUGCUCUGGGGAUGAGAACCCUGCUCCCCAGCUGUUGGAGUUCAAGGAGGAUCUGGAUGAUGCUCUUAGCCACGUGCUUUAGUUUUCAGUAUCCUUGCAAGGAGCGAGGAGUGGGACGCGAUCCUUACGGAUCCCUCUGCCUUGACUCCGAUUCCAGGGGAAUUGGGGACCAGCCAGGAGAGAGGGAUGGAGAAGACUUGGGGAGGAGAUGGAAGGAAUGGAGGAGACUUGGGGACCCAAAGGGAGGGACAGAGGGGACUGCGAACUGGCCAUGGCCUGAGGCUGAGUGCCCAGGCCACCCUCACCACAGGCUGAGCAUGUCCCCGUUCGGGGGCUGCAGCUCCCCCGCUUCCCCAGCCCUGUUCAGUCUCUCCCCAGCCAUGAAGGUGAUGCUGUGCCUCGGCCUCCUCCUCGCCCUCGCAGUGACCACCUGCCAGUGCCGGCCAGCGGCAGCGGCGCCAGGCACCAGGGGGGACCUCCAGCAGCCCCCCCCCAGCCUGGUCCGGCGGGACUGGCCCCAGUACCUGUCCCAGGAGCAGCAGCACCUCUUGUCCCAGUUCCUGCCCCACAUCCUCACAGAGCUGAACAACAACAAGGCCUUUGUGCAUGAGGACAAGGGGAUUGAGGCUUUGCACGACCACUACUACCCCGACUGGAUGGACUUCGGCCGCCGCAGUGCUGAGGACGAGGCCGGUGCUGCGUAGCCGCUGGGCUGGCCUGGCCCCGCAGAGCACCCGCACACUCAGUGCAUGUCCUUUACCACAAUAAAACUCUGGCACUACG